AGCACCCGAAAAGCCGGUCUCCCUUUGCGCAUUUGUAAAACGGAUACUAAAAAUCUUGAAACAUUUUAAUACCCAUAACACAAAGCAUCGAUUGCAUUUGAUAGCGCAACAUUCAAGUAACCUAGAAGGGUUAACUAGAACACCAACAUGGAGGGCGAAACAGCGAUGACGAAUCCCACCGGCGAUAGAAAAGUGGCACUGAUAACAGGCAUUACGGGUCAAGAUGGAUCAUAUUUGGCCGAGUUUCUGCUAGAUAAGGGUUACGAAGUGCAUGGUAUAAUCAGACGUGCUAGUACAUUCAACACCUCGCGCAUCGAGCAUCUGUAUGCGGAUCCACGUACUCACAGAGAGGGAAAGAUGAAGCUACACUACGGUGAUAUGACCGACAGUAGCGCUCUGGUGAAGAUUAUUGCACAGGUGCGACCGUCCGAAAUCUACAAUCUGGCCGCACAAAGCCACGUCAAGAUAUCAUUCGAUUUGAGCGAAUACACGGCCGAGGUGGAUGCGGUCGGUACGCUACGUCUGCUCGAUGCCAUACGUACCGUCGGGCAGGAAAAAACCGUUCGCUUCUACCAAGCCUCUACGUCGGAGCUGUACGGAAAGGUAGCCGAGACACCGCAGAACGAAAAGACACCGUUCUAUCCGCGCUCACCGUACGCCUGUGCGAAGAUGUACGGAUACUGGAUUGUGAUAAACUAUCGCGAAGCAUACGAUAUGUUUGCCUGCAAUGGGAUACUCUUUAAUCACGAGUCACCGCGUCGAGGGGAGAACUUUGUUACACGCAAGAUUACACGCUCGGUGGCAAAGAUUUCGCUCGGCCAGCAAGAAUACUUGGAGUUGGGAAAUUUGGACUCCAAGCGCGAUUGGGGCCACGCGAAAGAUUACGUCGAAGCGAUGUGGCUCAUGAUGCAGCAGGACAAGCCGGAAGAUUUUGUUAUUGCCACGGGUGAAACGCACUCGGUGCGGGAGUUCGUAGAAAAGUCGUUUCAGUACAUUGGCCGGGACAUCGAGUGGCGAGGGACGGGCGUGGAUGAGGUUGGCGUUGAAAAGGGUACCGACACGGUACGGGUACGUAUCAAUCCAAAGUUUUUCCGCCCGACCGAGGUUGAUCUGCUGCUGGGCGAUGCUUCCAAAGCGAAGGCACAGUUGGGCUGGUCACCGAAAGUAACAUUCCUCGAACUGAUCGCCGAUAUGAUGGCGGCGGAUAUACAGCUGAUGAAGAAUAAUCCAUCCGCCUAACACGUGCGACGAUGAACCCCACUAAAAACUAUUUUUGUUUACUAAAAAGAACGAAUGAAGGUCAGUAUUUGUCCGUAAUUUACGGAUUUCAACUAUUCUCAUAGCUGCGCGGGUGCAAACGGUGAACAAAAUUACCAUACUAUAUGGCAAUAUUUUAUUUAAACAAGCUUUCUGGUGAACGUGUAGUACACAUUUCACUAUUUUAUGCGUCACACGAUAGCGCUCUAUAGCGGGGAUAUUAGUCAAAUUGAACAAAGCGAUCCUAAUGUAAGUGAAACAGAAGGUGUCAUAUUCGAACAACGUAACGCAACCCUUUGCGCAUAUUCCAUGGCAAUU